AUGGUUGCAACCGUCAACGUGAACCAAGGCGAGCUUGUGAUUCCACCUGCGAAGAUCGGCCUCGGUUCUCUUCUCAUUGGGGGCUGUCUCUCUUUCCUUUUGUUUGGUGUGAUUGUGCACCUCACUUGCUCAUACUUCCGAAGGUACAAGAACGACGGCCGACUAUUCAAGCGUAUCGUUGUCGUCUUGUUUCUCGCAGAACUUGCGCACACGGUUCUGGCGGCUCUGAUAGUAUAUCACUACCAUAUCACCUGCUACCAAGAUGAACGAGGAUAUGCAUUUGCUACAAUUCCAUUUGUUCUUCUUAUCCCAACCAUAGGUGUCAUCAUCGUCAUUGCUGAUAGUUUUUAUGCGCGGCGACUCUAUCUCUUGCUCCCUCAAUUUUGCAAGCCGUUGGUGGUGCUGGUUUGGAUCACAUUGGUUGCCUUUGUUUCGGGCACGUACUCCAGUCACAUCAUCUCCUUUAUUGAGAAAUACCAAUUCGACAGGACUCUCCUCUGCAGCAUCCUUUGUGCCGUGCUCUCUACUCUCACGGAGAACAACAUAUUUCUCACCGGAGUCGGCCUGGUCACGACCAAAGUCUAUGCCAUCUCAGUAAUCGUCACACUCAACUCGAGAAAAAGCUUGCUCGAUGACCUCGGAAGAACGGUCAACCUGGAGAGUCUCGAGGGACUGAAUCUGUCAGCUCUCCGGACUAGUCGGCUCGCUGCGGAACGUCGACAUGACGCAGGCAUGUCCCCAAAUGCUCGUAGCGUUUCGGUGAUACCGACCGCGGACACCGCGCGCCAGUGCACGGCCCCUGAAGAAUGA